GCAGAGCCUGGAGUUGAAGACUCAUCUCAAACUUCUGCUGAAUUGGAGCAAGUGUCCAUUGAUCAGAAAAUUCCUUAUAAUCAGAAAGUAGAACAAGGCCUAAUGCAUGAGUUAUCUGUUUGUGCCAAAGACAAUGAUAUUGAAAAUAAUGCAAUACACAGAUUUCCAUCCAAUAAAUCAUUUGAUAUUCAAAUUCCUGAAUUAUCUUUAGAAGUAAUUCUAACAGAAACUUGCAGAGUUACAGCACAAAAUAUAGCUGAUUUUAUUUAA